AUGGCCGCCACUGCAACUCAUACUCUCCCUUCUCCAGUUUUCUUCCCUCCUUCCUCUUCUAUAAACCCUAGAUUCCAUGGCUACAACAAGAAACCACCGUCUCGUCUCUUCCUCCCUCCUCUCUCCCCUCGAAACCCUAAACCCAUCCGAAUCACCGCUUCUUCGCCGUCUCUGAUUACUCCGAUAACUUCGAUCAAGCCGGCGACGAAACCAACGGCUCAAUCUUCAACCAUCACCGGGUCGACUCGGUCACUCGCAAGUCUCGCGGCUUUAACAAUCGCUGUAGCUAAAGUCAUAGCCCAGAAAUUGAAUCCUGGAAUCGGACACGCGUUACGAUUCUCGCUCCGUACCGCCGGACCGGUAUUCUUCGCGUCGCUCCGUGAUCGACCGACUGGAAACUUGAACACGCCGCUUACGGUGGUUGCGGUGGGGAUAAAGAAAUGGUUAGAUAUAUACAGUGGUGUUUUGAUGGUUAGGGUUUUGCUUAGUUGGUUCCCUAAUAUACCUUGGGAAAGACAGCCAUUGUCAGCCAUUAGAGACCUUUGUGAUCCUUACUUGAAUCUCUUUAGGAACAUCAUUCCUCCGAUCUUCGAUACGCUUGAUGUUAGUCCGUUGCUUGCUUUUGCUGUUCUUGGUACACUUGGUUCGAUUGUUCACGGAAGCACUGGAUAG